UGAGGACGCGGGGUCCGCCGUGGGGAUGAUCCACGAGCUGCUCCUGGCGCUGAGCGGGUACCCGGGGUCCAUCUUCACCUGGAACAAGCGGAGCGGCCUCCAGGUGUCACAGGACUUUCCAUUUCUCCAUCCCAGUGAAACCAGUGUCCUGAAUAGACUCUGCCGGCUUGGCACAGACUAUAUUCGCUUCACUGAGUUCAUUGAACAGUACACAGGACAUGUGCAGCAACAGGAUCACCAUCCAUCUCAGCAGGGUCAAGGGGGGUUACAUGGAAUCUACCUACGGGCCUUCUGCACAGGGCUGGAUUCAGUUUUGCAGCCUUAUCGCCAAGCAUUGCUUGAUUUGGAACAAGAGUUUCUGGCUGAUCCCCAUCUCACCAUAUCACAUGUCAAUUACUCCUUAGAUCAGUUCCAGCUCCUUUUUCCCUCUGUGAUGGUUGUAGUAGAGCAAAUUAAAAGUCAAAAGAUUCAUGGUUGUCAAAUCUUGGAAACAGUAUACAAACACAGCUGUGGUGGUUUGCCUCCUGUUCGAAGUGCACUAGAAAAGAUCCUGGCCGUGUGUCAUGGGGUCAUGUAUAAGCAGCUUUCAGCCUGGAUGCUACAUGGACUUCUCUUGGACCAACAUGAAGAGUUUUUUGUCAAACAGGGUCCAUCUUCUGGUAAUGUCAGUGCCCAGCCAGAAGAGGAUGAGGAGGAUCUGGGCAUUGGGGGACUAACAGGAAAACAAUUGAGAGAACUCCAGGACUUGCGUUUGAUAGAAGAAGAGAACAUGUUGGCACCAUCUCUGAAACAGUUUUCUCUUCGAGUAGAGAUUUUGCCAUCCUACAUUCCAGUGAGGGUUGCUGAAAAAAUCCUGUUUGUUGGAGAAUCUGUCCAGAUGUUUGAGAAUCAAAAUGUAAACCUGACUAGAAAAGGCUCCAUUUUGAAAAACCAGGAGGACACUUUUGCUGCAGAACUACAUCGUCUCAAGCAGCAGCCACUCUUCAGCCUGGUGGAUUUCGAGCAGGUCGUGGAUCGUAUUCGUAGUACUGUGGCUGAGCAUCUCUGGAAGCUGAUGGUGGAAGAAUCAGAUUUACUGGGUCAGCUGAAGAUUAUUAAAGACUUUUACCUUUUGGGACGUGGAGAACUGUUUCAGGCCUUCAUUGACACAGCUCAGCACAUGUUAAAAACACCACCCACUGCAGUCACUGAACAUGAUGUGAACGUGGCCUUCCAGCAGUCCGCCCACAAGGUAUUACUCGAUGACGACAACCUUCUCCCUCUGUUGCACUUGACAAUUGACUACCAUGGAAAGGAGCAUAAAGAUGCCACUCAGGCAAGAGAAGGGCCUUCUCGGGAAACUUCUCCCCGGGAAGCCCCUGCAUCUGGCUGGGCAGCCCUUGGCCUUUCCUACAAAGUGCAAUGGCCACUACACAUCCUCUUCACCCCUGCAGUCCUGGAAAAAUACAACGUUGUUUUUAAGUACUUACUGAGUGUGCGCCGGGUGCAAGCUGAACUGCAGCACUGCUGGGCUCUACAGAUGCAGCGCAAGCACCUCAAGUCCAACCAGACCGAUGCAGUCAAGUGGCGCCUACGAAACCACAUGGCAUUCUUAGUGGAUAAUCUUCAGUACUAUCUCCAGGUAGAUGUGCUGGAGUCUCAGUUCUCACAGCUGCUUCAUCAGAUCAAUUCAACACGAGAUUUUGAAAGCAUCCGAUUGGCUCAUGACCACUUCCUGAGCAAUUUGCUGGCCCAGUCCUUUAUCUUGCUGAAACCUGUGUUUCACUGCCUGAAUGAAAUCCUAGAUCUCUGUCACAGCUUUUGCUCCCUGGUCAGUCAGAACCUGGGCCCACUGGAUGAGCGUGGAGCCGCCCAGCUGAGCAUCCUGGUGAAGGGCUUUAGCCGCCAGUCUUCACUCCUCUUCAAGAUUCUCUCCAGUGUUCGGAACCAUCAGAUAAAUUCAGAUUUGGCUCAACUACUGUUACGACUGGAUUAUAACAAAUAUUACACCCAGGCUGGAGGAACUCUGGGCAGUUUUGGGAUGUGAAAACAUAUGGCUCAGAAACUGAGUAACAGUCUUACACCUUCCUAAGUCUGUUACAGAAGAUUCAUUUCUAGCCACUCACCAAAUGUCUGCAGUCUACUGAGAGGACUCUACUUUUUCUCCUUGGAAGCAUUUCCUGACCAUCAGUGGGUGCAAAUCCUUCCCAUCAUUUUCAUGUGGAAAGGGAGUUAAUUUGCCCACCGAGAAUGUUGGCAUCAGUUCUCCCCGCUGACCAUGCAAGAUCCGUUACAUUGAGAACAUUUGUCGGGUAUGUUCAUUCAUUCAUCUGUCAAUUACUGAGCAUCUAUUAUGUGCUUAGGUACUGUUCAAGCUGCAGGAGACAAGGCAGUAAACAAUACAAAUCAGAAAAAUAUUUGUGGCUCAUGUGACAAUUAUAAAUAGGUCAAGUGCUAGAUAUUAGUACUGAGCAAGAAAGGCACCAGGUAAGAUAGGCUUUCACUGGCCCCACAGACUCCUCAUUCAGAAAAUUGAAAUCGAGAAUAUUCCACAUCGUUUAGCAUCUUCAAAAUAGAAACUAGAUUUUUACCAGUAACUUGCAAUUAUCUCAGACUAGUAAAACAACAGUUCUGGUGGUCUGUUUGUUGCCAUCGAGUUUGGUUUUCAUCUUCUACCGCAUACUACAGCCCUUACUCCUGCAGUUGUCAGCAAAAGAUGUUCCCUUCCACUCCUCUCUCUGGAGCAGAGGUUAGUAAACUGUGGGUCGCCACCUGUUUUGAUAGUUUUACUGGAACAAUCAUACUCAUCCAUCUCCUUAUUGCCCAUGGGCGCUUCCAUGCUUAGCGGAGCCAAAGUGAGUUAAUUGAUCUACCAAAUGGCCCACAGGCCUAAGAUACUUACUGGCCUCUGCUCUGGAGAACGAGGGAACAUCAACAGGGAUGCUGCUAGGGGGACAGGGAAGGAGAAUAGCCUCUGGCAACUGUGACUGUAACAGUAAUAAAAUAUAGGACCUGAGGCUAGAAGUACUGACAAGUCUUCCCACCUGUGCUGCUCAUGUUUUUCUUUGCAGAAGGUCACCCCGUCAAGCUUAGUCACUGUCCAUUCAUGGCAAAUGGUCCUUUUCCCUUUCAGGUCUGAAAGGAACUAGGCUCUAAGACUUUUUUUCCUUAAUCGCCAAGAAAUUUAGAGCUGUUCCCAAUUCCGUUCAACUUUCGGCACAACCAUUAAUGUGGGCCUACCGUAAAACCAAGUUUUACAAGUAGAAUUUUAGACAGCCCUAGAUAAUCUUCUGACAAUAAUGCUACACAAGACUUGAAAAUUCACAUCUUACUUUCCUUGGCUAGUGUCCUACAGUGAACAAACCUAUUGUCAAUGGCAGAGGAGGGCUGUAAUUGUCUUGCUAUUUGUUCUGACAUUAAACUCAAAGAAAGAAAUCCCAGUUACUACAACCAAAGAGAUUCAACAUUUAUUUUAUCAUAAAAGUCCAGCAAAUAAAACUAUGUACAAGAUCCAUGCAAGGAAUCCAGUUACACACAAGACACAUUUAAAACCUGUUAAAACACAAUCUCCACGACGCAGGGAAUAAAACAGGUAAGACCAAGUAUAUCCUUAGUGAGAAACAUAAUCAUGUUUAUAUUUUGGAUGCUGCUUGAAUCCAAUUCUCUCCCCAACAAUGAGGCACUGGAUCACCCACUCUUGUGACACCACGGGCAGCUGCAAUGCUUCCGCACACUUCAGCACCGAGGCUGGGCACGAGGGGUCCGUCACCACCACAUCAAAUACCCCUAACGCAAUAUCUGCAGGGAGCAGGGGGAGGUGAAUAAGGUAAGGAGACGCCAUGUAGCCCUCCGCUAAAGAGCCAGAUGUGCCUUCUAGCCAGCACAUCCCUCCCUGCCCAAACUAAAACCCAUUAAGUCCAACACAGUGCUACUGGGGAUCACAACCCAGAACAGAAAGAAUCGGUAUCAGCUGACCUUUAGAAAUGUCAGCAAGUACAUCACUGGACACCACCAGUAGAAGUAUAAACAUCCCAGUGCCUCAUUUAAACUGGUUCACCUCUUAGGCUGAUGUUUAUUCACACCUAACGAGGCCUAACAGGUAGGUGUAAGGACACCCUUCCAAAACAACACACGCACUUUCCAGGUACCUUUGUUAUGGGCACUUGAAUGGUGCUGCUUCACAGAGGCUGCUCCCCCAGUCAUGAGGAUCUCAGACCAGAGCUCCAGGAAGUUCUGCUGUUGGUCUGAUACCAAGAGUACUUUCAGGUUCUGGAAAGGGUUUUCCCGGGGUUGCCUGUGAGUAAGUGAGAGACAGCACCUUAGAAUUGGAGGGGACUAAGCAGGACAGUGUUCAACAACAGCCUUUCUGCGAAGGAAUUUAAGGUACAUCAGAAUACUUUAAAAAAAAAUGAACCCCUGUAUUAUAGAACCUUUCCUCCCUCCCCUUUCUGUGAAUAUGUAUUCUCUGGAAUCUGGACCUUCUGAUUUCCAUGUUUAUCUUGGGACCAAUAUGCCAAAUAAGCUCCUGAUCCCAUAUUUUAAAAGGUCUUGCUUAAUAGUGCCCUAACCUUACAGGUUGAGAAUACUGGACCUACAUGAAAAUCCUCCCAUUUUUGAAAGUUCAACUAGUUGAACUGCCAAAAUAAUCUCAAACCCAAAUUCUUUAUUAACCUAUGAGCAUUGCAAUUUCCAUAAAUAAUUUCUCACCUAGAGUCUCCCCCUCCCAGUAUUUUAUUAUCUGCUUGACUACCAUUCUAGAUUGGGUUUCAAAUACUCACCAAUCCAGAAUUCUUUGCUCCUCAAGACUGUACCCAGCUGGCAGCAGAUAAUUACGGUAAUUCUGAAGCUGGUUGGCAUGGCAACUGUCAUGGACCCAGACAUGAGAUACACAAGGAAUCCCACUGGCAAGGCACAAAAAGUACUUCCGGGUUCGACAAUGCUGAUCCGCAAUUAGGAGACACUGGUAGGCCGUGUUGCACUGGAAGAAUAGAACAGAUGUGAAGACCUGCAAGUACUAUUUAUGCCUGUACUUUUACCCACAGCCUCUUCUCACACAGAAAGGGCCAAGAUGCUUUCUUUCUGUGCCUCACCUAUAGCUUUGAGGGUUUAAGUCCUAAAAGAAAACCAGCCUCCCGGUAUUCUGCUUUUCGGGCUAAGAAUCAGCAACAUAAUAGAAUUUCUUCUAAACACAAUUCAGUCUGCUUCUGCCCGAGCAGCAGAACCAUAGGUAUUAAUUAGCCCAACGUUUUAUCUUCCGUGUACACAGUAACGAUUCUAUUUCUGCAUUACCGUUUCGGCCAUCUUCUGAGCUCUGGCUGCUAUACUCAACCUCCCUGACUCCUCAAUACAGCAAACACUCUUCAUCACUGCCCUUCUGGUAAGUUGCAGAAAGAAACUCCUCACCUGAGCUUCAUUGAAGUCUUCGAGAAUAUAGCCAGCUCCUGCUCGAAGCUGGGAUUCUGUGUACUGUUUGUUGAAAGGAGGAAUUUCUAAAAUUUCUAUAUAAAACACAGAAGACCAAGAUAAUUAUUUCAUUUCUCAUUUACUACUUUACGCCUGCUUCUCACUGUCCCCUUUGCCACUCCCCAUUAUUUGCACAGUGUUGCAGGCUACAUCAGACCUACUCACGGGUCAGAAAGAGAUCUGUCUUGAGGCCUAUGAAGUAUAGCCAGAAGAAGGGGCAAAAGCAGGAGGACUGGGAAGAUGAGAAAUGGAGAUAGGUCCCAGAUCUAAGACUAAUCAUGGUACUGUUCAUAGGGAGGACCACAGCCCCUUCCCAGAGUGAUGCAUUUACUAUCAGGAACUUCUUAAGUCCUGCAGCAAACUAAGCCACUUCCUGUAAUUCUAUGAAAUGAGUCACAGAUUAGCACUUUAUAAUCAAACCUUCACGUUCCCACUAUACACUGAAAAUGAUAAACCAGAAUGUUAAAAGUUUUAAAAUUUUAGUUACAUGAAGGCUGGCCAGAAAAUUCUGUUUCAGACUUUUUAUUAAACUAUCUACCUUUGAUCUUGGAGUACAUGACUGAACAGCAUGACUGCUCUACAGGGUUGAGGGGGAAGUAGAAGUUAUGCGAUGAGGCCGAAGCUAUAAGGACCAUAGAGCAAUUAAAAGUUGAUUAUUUUGACCAAGUAUCUAAUUUCAGUUAUGAGAGGAGCAGUUGACAACACUUUAAGUUCUAGUAAACUUAUCACAAAUAAAAAACCCAAAGUUCAAAUGCCACAACCCUUUCCCCUCCCCCCCAUAUCCAGUGAUGACCCGAGAGUGGAGCCCUCCCUGCCUGCUGAAGCUGCUCAGAUAAUGCCCAAACUCAGUCCUCUAUCUGACUGGCUCACCUACUCUUCACUGUUCAUUUUUUUUUUUUUUUUAAAGAUUGAUUUAUUUAUACAAGCACUGGGUACAGUCAGAAGUGCAGGAGGGUGAGAGGAUUCACCAGAGCCAGAAGGGAGAGCAGAACAGGCAGACUGACGAAAUACACUGCUGAGGGGAGCAGCGGGCAGCAGGAGAGGUCUGCGCGCCAUGUGGGACCCUCGCCAGUGGCCGGGGAUCGAACCAGUGCUGCAGAGGCUGCGGGCAGCUUUGCAACCCAGCGCUCAACUGCUGCGCCACCGGGGAGGCCCCACUGUUCUGUUCUUGAUUGAACAUUCUUGGUUCUUCUCAAAAUGAAAACCCAAACUAGAAACUCUAUAGACAUGAGAACACGCAGAACAUAACAGGCCUAUUUCUUAUUGCUUCCUUUGCAUCAUCCAUCCCAAUAUAUGACGCCAGUUCUCAGUACUGACACUGCUACUAACACAUGGCCCCUUAAGGUCCAUUAUUUCUCUAGUCCUAACCUAUGGAGAUGAGGUAUUUCCAAUUGUAUUUCCUUGCACUUGUAUAAUCAAAUAUUACCCUGUCUAUGCAAUCCAUUUCUUAACUAGCUUCGAUUUAAUUUCCUUUGCUUUUUUUUUUUUUUUUUUUUUUUGACUUAGGAGUAGCCUUGCCCAGCCAGUCUUAAAUGAAAAGUUUUUAAUCCCAUCAUCUAAAUUAAGGAUAAAGCUGCUAAACAGACUUGACUCAAUCCCUGUGGCUAAUGUUAAUGGGCCACCUAACAAGACCAGGUGCCAUAUUCUUAUUAUUAGUGUCUCAUAAGAUACAAUAUAAACUGGCAUCUAAGAUUCCCAUUUGUCUGCAAGACAGAUCAUUGUUUCUUGAAAACCCUAAAACACUACAGAUGUCAUCAGGUUUACUAAGAUGGCGGAAGCCCUAAGCAUUUUUAUAUGCCCAAAACAGCAAGGAUUCUGGUCCAAGAUUGAAGCAGCAACAUAAAACAGACAUAGUCACCACAACCAAUUUAACGAGAAACCUGGAGAUUCCUCUAAACGUUCUAGAGUCCUCAUUUAGACAAGACCUACUUCCCCUCACUUGUGGUUACAUGAGUUUACAAAUGUUUGCUGUAUUAGCAGGGAGGAGUGGAGGGGAUAUCUGAGUCGAGUUUAUUAGAUACACACAGGCUCAAAGAGUUUUCAAGCACUGAGCAAGCUGCGUAUUAUACCAGAGCAGGCCGUCCUGCCUGUGACCGGAUACGACAACCAAACCAACAAAUGAAACAUCUGCAGAGCUGCCUUGUAAGAUCCUGGGCUAGGGAAGGGUCAGGAGUGUGUUAGGGAAUAAAGGCCAGGGUCCAACAAGAAAAAAAGAUCAGGACAUUAUUUGUAAUGCCAUAAGAUGAUCCAAUUAAAGCUACAUUCAUGCCACACCUUCUCUCCCGCUGUACCUUACUGACUUCGGACAAAUGAGGUUUUGUGCGCCCUUGGAACUGCCACACCUGCUCCCGUACCCUAAAGCCUCUCUACUGCCAGCUGUUUACCGAUAGCACACACCUCUACCCAGCUCCCUGACCACCUACCCAUGUACCUCUCCCUGUGGCCUGCAGCAGGUGAGGUACAGUUUUGGUUAAUUAGGAAAGAAUCAUUCCGUACCUGAAAUGCCAACCAUCACAUUUUAUGAUAACCAUGUUCCUUAACUCAGUUUCCUCUUACAAGACUUAACACUAGUCAGAACACUUAACUUGUAGAACAUCAUUUCACACAGAUCUUUAACUUUUAUAGACCUUUCUGGUUCACAUUGACUUUAGACAGCUAAAAUUUUUACCUCUCCCAACUGCAGCCUUUACUCAAACCCUAAGUAACAAUGUAGAAACACCAGGUGUAGGCAGACUUGGUUUCAAGUUAAAGAGAGGUACGAGAGUUGAAAGAGCCUAGCAGCUGAUUUUCUCUGAA